AAAGUCCUUCAGAUGUGCUGGCACUCAUUUUAAUUUUCUUGCUUCCUGAGAGACUCAGGCUUUUGGAAAUAGCACAAGUGCCUGAUGAUCAUGUGAGUUGUAUCUUCUGUUUCUUCCUCGUUUUUCCUUUUGCUGCUUUAUAUGUAAUAGUGAUUAAAAGUUUGAUGUUCAACUUUCACUUGCUUGAUGCAGGUCAACGAAUUGAAAAAUUUAAAAUUUUCAACACCAACAACUUGUGGGUGAACCUGAAUGAUAUUAAAAGACUUGUAGAAGCAGAUGCACUCAAGAUGGAGAUUAUACCCAACCCUAAGUCUGAUCUUUACACCUUGACUGAUGAAGGCUAUGUUAUCCGGAAUCCGGUCAGGUCUAAUCCAGCUAUCGAGUUGGGACCUGAAUUCAACAAGGUUAACAUCAACUCCUCAAGUAGAUUAGUGCUGUUGGCUGAAUGCAGUUACUAUCUUGUCUUCUUAGGUGGCCAACUUCUUAGGUCGUUUCAAGUCUAUUCCCAGCAUCAUUGAUCUAGAUAGCUUAGGGUGAUGUAUGGUUUGGAUCUGGAGUUACU